AUGAACCACCUCGAAUUAUCCUCUGCUGCAGACUUCCAUACCCACUUAAGAUCGGAUAAAAUGAUGGAAUACGUCGUCCCAUUUAUUCGUCAUGGAGGUUGCUCAAUAGUAUAUGUUAUGCCUAAUCUUAAUCCUCCUAUUACAUCUAUUGAAUCCUGCAUGGAAUAUAAGCGUAAACUAGAGGAAUUGGACCCAAAUAUAACGUUUCUUAUGAGUCUUUAUUUGUGCGAAGAGAUUACGCCGUCGGUGAUUGAGGAGGCGAAGGGGAAGGGGAUUAUAGGAGUCAAAAUGUAUCCUAAGGGUGUUACGACCCAUUCAGAAUUUGGGGUUGAAAAUUAUGAAACCUAUUAUCCGGUAUUUUCGGCUAUGGAGAGAUAUGGACUUAUUUUGAAUAUUCAUGGUGAAAUAGCGAGUUCAAUUGAGGAGGAUGUUACGAUUUUAACAGCAGAACGAGAGUUUUUGCCAAUACUUUAUAAAUUACAUGAAUUAUUUCCGAGAUUGAAGAUAGUUUUUGAGCAUUGUACGACAAAAGAAGCUAUAGAAGCGAUUGAGAAAUGUGGGGAGAAUGUAUCGGGGACGAUUACAGCUCACCAUCUUUUUUUAACGAUUGAUGAUUGGGCAGGGGAUCCAUAUGCAUAUUGUAAGCCGGUAGCAAAGUUUCCAUCGGAUAGAAAAGCUCUUUUGAAUGCGGCGACGAGUGGUAAUAAGAAAUUUUUUCUUGGAAGUGAUUCAGCACCACAUCCACAAAAGCAUAAAAUAGGAUCAAGAAAAAUAGCGGCGGGAAUAUUUACUCAACCAUAUCUUAUAAGUUAUCUUGCAGAAGCUUUUGAUAGGGUGGGAAAGUUAGAUAAGCUUGAAAAUUUUGCAUGUAUAUUUGGAAGAGAAUUUUAUAAUGUUAAAGAUAUUGGUAUAGAUAAAAGAAUUAUAUUGACGAGAAAACCAUUACAAAUUGCAUCAGAACUUGGUUCAGAUGAUAAUAUUUUAGUACCUUUUUUAGGAGGAAGUGUAUUAAAUUGGACUAUAACAUGGAAAUAA